AUGGGUCUUUUGUCCUUUGAAGAGGUGGCUGUGCAUUUCACCCACGAGGAGUGGACCCUGCUGCGCCCAGCCCAGAGGGCUCUCUACAAGGAAGUCAUGCUGGAGAAUUUUGGGAACGUGGCCUCUCUGGGACCUCAGAUUGCCAAACCUGACCUCAUAUCCUGGCUGGAAGAGGACCAAGAGCUGUUUCUCCUGGUCUCUGAUGAAGAGGAGGGAUGGGCAGCAGGAGGCAUGUUGGACUCAGUAACGGAGGCAUCUGAACAUACAGAGAUGGAGAGAGAGGAUACAUAUUUAGAUGCAAAAGAGAAGGAUGAAUAUUGUGAUCCACUGAGGAAGGAGGGAGAAGAUCUGUAUAGGAGAAAUAAGACUGGUCUUUUACAGAGGGGUGAUUCCCUACUGCAGAAAAUAUACAGAGGAGGCAAAAGGAAUGAGCAAACUGGAAGCGGAGUAAAAUUGCCUGAAGAAUUGCAAAUUAAUAUUCAACAGAACACCUAUAACAGGAAGAAAAUAUAUAAAUGCCUGGAGUGUGGAAAAACCUUCAAUCAGAGUGGAAACCUUAAUUCCCAUCAAAGGAUCCACACAGGGGAGAAGCCAUUUAAAUGCCUGGAGUGUGGGAAAAGCUUCAGUUGGAAUGUAAGUCUUAGUUCACACCAAAGAACUCACACAGGAGAGAAACCCUAUAAAUGCCUGGAAUGUGGGAAAAGUUUCGGUCAGCAUGCACAUCUUACUUACCAUCGAAGAAUUCACAGAGGGGAGAAACCGUAUGAAUGCCUGGAGUGUGGGAAAAGGUUCACUCGGAGACAUCACCUUACUUCCCAUCAAAGAAUUCACAAUGGGGAGAAGCCACAUAAAUGCCUGGAGUGUGGGAAAAGCUUCGCUCGGAAUGGACACCUUACUUCUCAUCAAAGAAUUCAUACAGGGGAGAAGCCUUAUAAAUGCCUGGAGUGUGGGAAAUGCUUCAGUCUUAGUGGAAGCCUUGCUUCUCAUCAAAAAAUUCACACGGGGGAGAAAUCAUAUAAAUGCCUGGAAUGUGGAAAAUGCUUCAGUCUUAGUGGAAGCCUUGCUUCUCAUCAAAGAAUUCACACAGGGGAGAAAUCAUAUAAAUGUGUGGAGUGUGGAAAAAGAUUCCGUUGGAAAGGAAGUCUUAAUUCACACCAAAGAACUCACACAGGGGAGAAACCUUAUAAAUGCCUGGAAUGUGGGAAAAAUUUCAGUCAGAAUGCACACCUUACUUCCCAUCAAAGAAUUCACAGAGGGGAGAAACCCUAUAAAUGCCUGGAGUGUGGGAAAAGCUUCAGUCGGGGACAUCGCUUUACUUCCCAUCAAAGAAUUCACACAGGAGAGAAACCACAUAAAUGCCUGGAGUGUGGAAAAAGCUUCAGUCUAAGUGGAAACCUUACAUCCCAUCGAAGAAUUCAUACUGGUGAGAAAAAUUAUCAGUGCCUGGAGUGUGGGAAAAGGUUUAAUCACAGAGGAAGCCUUAUUUCCCAUCAGAGAAUUCACACAGGGAAGAAACCAUAUAAAUGCAUAGAGUGUGGGAAAAACUACAAUCACAGUUCACACCUUAGUUCCCACCAAAGAAUUCACACAGGGAAGAAACCAUAUAAAUGCCUGGAGUGUGGGAAAAGCUUCAUUCAGAGUGGAGAUCUUACUGUCCAUCAAAGAAUUCACACAGGAGAGAAACCAUUUAAAUGUCUGGAAUGUGGGAAGAACUUUACUCACAGUUCACACCUUACUUCACAUCAGAGACUUCAUACAGGGGAAAAACCUUAUAAAUGCAUGGAGUGUGGAAAGAGAUUCAGUCACAGUUCACACCUCACUUCACAUCAGAGACUUCACACAGGGGAGAAACCAUAUACAUGCCUGGAGUGUGGAAAGAGCUUCAGAGAUAGUGGGCACUUAACAUCCCAUCAAAGGAUUCACACUGGAGAGAAACCAUACAAAUGCCUAGAGUGUGGGAAAUGCUUCAGUCAAAGUGGACACCUUACUUCUCAUCAAAGAGUACAUACAGGGGUGAAACCUUAUAAAUGUUCUGAGUGUACAAAGAGCUUUAAUCAGAUUGGACACCUUACUUCCCAUCAAAGAAUUCACACAGGGGAGAAACCAUAUAAAUGUCUGGAGUGUGGAAAGAGCUUCCGGGAUAGUGGAAACCUUACUUCCCAUCAAAGAAUUCACACAGGGGAGAAACCAUAUGAAUGCUUUAAGUGCGGAAAGAGCUUCAGUCACAGUGGAAGCCUUACUUCCCAUCGAAGAAUUCACACAGGAUACAAAACAUAGAAAUACCUGGAGUAUUGAAAAAAAAUCAGUAAAGAGGAAACAUUACUUCCCAUAAAGAAUUCACACAGGGAAGAAAAAAAUGUAAUGACUUUUAUAUAAACUUAUAAUUAAAUUUUGUUCAGUUUGUAGGCAGGCAAGAGAAUGGGAGCCUACCAGACAUUAAUUCAUGUCAGGCCUCAGUCAGAGCGGAACUACAAGUGACAAAAGGCACAGGUUGGACACUUGUCAGCUUCCCUCAAGUUUUGAUGGGAAUGUAGGCAUCCUAGUCUUGCAGCUUGGCUCUCUGACUGCUGUCCAAUGGACUUUUCAACUGUCACUCGUCCAACAUUCCGCCAAGCUGCUUACAUUUCCCAUCAAAACUUGGGGGAAGCUGACAUGUGUCCAAUCUGUGCCUUUUGUCACUUGUAGUUCCGCUCUCAGUCUAUUACACUUGCAUCUGUCCUCAGCAAAGUUUUCCUCUGUGUAAACUUCCCAAAGUAGCUGAGGACUGUGUCAGGAAUCCUGACUGAGAACAUGGACACAGAAAGCAGCAACGUUGUGGCAGUGUCUUCAUGACACUAAGGCCCUAACCUGAGCACUUCUUCUUCAUGGGAACGCUGGACAUGUUAGGAGAGCAGAGGCCAUCUUUUCCUCUGGACUGAAAUGGUGUGGAAGGGAAAACAGAAGUUUGUGUAAAUUGUCUCCAUGUUUCUGUCUCCACCCUUGGGGAGUGGGCUUCUUCUUCUGACCCAGAUAGAGGUUUAAGGGGUGUUGUAUGAGGUGAGUUGCCAACUCUGGGCUGGGAAAUUCUUGGAGAUUUGCGGGGGUGGAACCUGGAGAUGGAGAGCUUUACUGAAUGGGAGGAACCUCAGCAGGGUAUAAUGCCAUAGCUUUCACCCUCCAAAGCAGUGAUUUUCUCCAAAGGAACUGAUUCCUGUAGUUUGGAGAUCAGUUGUAAUUCUAGGAGAUCUCCAGGCCCAACUUGAAGGUUUGAUUGUUUGAUAACAUUAUUUAUAGUCCAGCUGUCUCACUGAUAUUCAAGGUGGAUUAGUGUAAGUCAACAUGAUCUACAGCUGGAACAUCCAAUAAACAAUGUCGUAUGUUUUGAAAGGUAUAAAACUUGCAAACAAGCUGAAAUCUGGUACAGAACUAAAACAAUGGUAAAGCAAAGCAUCUGCAGGUAAUCACGACACCUUCAACGAUGCAGAGAUUACCUACUAGGACUAUGUUACUUACAGCAACAUAGUAGUAUAGUUGGGGGUCUCUUUUCUGUUCUCUGUCUUCCCUGGUGCUGCUGGAGUGGAUCCGUGGGCCUGUCCAAAGGGUCUGGCUUUUAACUAAAUGGGUCAGAAAGGGGACUGAAGGGCUGGAAUGCUAAAAGGAGAACUGUUUUUGAUACCUUUUUGCUAUUGGGCUUUAUUAAUUAAUCGUAAGUGGCUCUGCCUUUAUGUUCUCAUUUCAAUCGGAGCUGUUGUGGAUCUUAUAUUAACUGUAUUCCAAGGAGAAUCAAGUGUUGUGCUUCA